CAGGACAGGAAGCGGAAAUAGAUUUGAAAGGCGGGAUCAGGAAGUUGAGUUUUAAACGCUAGCUAGCUGCAGCACGGAGUACUGCAGUGACUGAGGACUACAGGAGCUUGGACUUUUUACUGGAUUGUGCGAUCUUGAGAAAGGGGAAACACACCUACACCAGCAAUGUCGUCAACAUCACAGAAACACAAGGAGUUUGUGGCCGAGCCAAUGGGUGAGAAGCCGGUGAUGGCACUCGCUGGAAUUGGAGAUGUGCUCGGAAGGAGGCUGGAGGAAAAAGGCUUUGAUAAGGCGUAUGUUGUUCUUGGACAGUUCCUGGUGCUGAAAAAGGAUGAAGAGCUGUUUCGGGAAUGGUUAAAGGAUACCUGUGGGGCGAACUCGAAACAGCAAGGCGAUUGUUAUGGCUGCCUUCGGGAAUGGUGUGACUCCUUCCUGUGAUUAGGUUUUGUUGUUUUUUUGUUGUUUUUCUUUUUUUUUUUCUCCUUUCCGAAAGAUGUAUUCGUAGUCAGCACAGCUUUGGCACCACAACCUGAGUAACUGAGUCACACACACAUGAUGAUUAUAUUGCCUUGUCUGUUUUUAUGUACUUGAUCUUCACAGAUUUUUUUUUCCCGGCAACAUUUUAUUGUUUUUAUACUAACUGCUUGUUCAAAAAGACAGAACCUGUUUAUUCAAUGCUAUUCACGCCAUGCAUGUAGCUGUUCUGAACCCGGGGCUCCUGUUGCAGAUCAUAUAAUUGCAAGUUAAAGCCGCACCACCCGGAUGGUUUUUCUUUAGGAAACAAGCGACAUGUUUUUACGACCUCGUACCUUCAGGAUGUUGGGGUCUCCUUUUCAUUUCGAAACACGAGUUUUAAUUGAGGAAAAAAAAAUGUUAUCAGUCAUUUACCUGAAGGAUGUUUUAAGAGGAUGAUCAAAAUAAAAGUGAUUCAGAUGAA